CCGAGAGGGUUAAACAGGAGAACCUGACGAUUGUCUGCAUCCCUACGUCUUUUCAGGCCCGUCAGCUGAUCCUGCAGAACGGCUUAACGCUAAGUGACUUGGACCGACAUCCAGAGCUUGAUGUCGCUAUUGAUGGAGCGGAUGAAGUGGACUCUGACCUCAACCUUAUCAAAGGUGGCGGUGGUUGCUUGACGCAGGAGAAGAUAGUGGCAGGAUAUGCAAAAUGCUUCAUCGUUAUUGCCGAUUACAGGAAAAAAUCAGAGAGCCUCGGGGAGCAGUGGAAGAAGGGAAUUCCUAUCGAGGUCAUCCCCAUGGCUUAUGUCCCCGUCACCAGAGCCCUGACCAAAAGCUUCGGGGGUGCCGCGGAGCUGCGGAUGGCUGUGAGCAAAGCGGGCCCCGUGGUGACGGACAACGGGAACUUCAUCCUGGACUGGAAGUUUGACAAGGUUCAUGAAUGGAGUAAAGUGAACACUGCUAUAAAAAUGAUACCAGGUGUGGUGGAGACGGGACUCUUCAUCGACAUGGCAGAGGUGGUGUACUUCGGCAUGGAGGACGGCUCGGUCAGCGUGCGGGAGAAGCAGCCUCGCUGACCCCAGCGCGCUGCCUGCUCUGCGUCGCCUUCGGCCAGUUUGAUUCAGCUGUUGUAACGGUGCCAACCUGACGUUUUGCCUUAACGAGCAGCGGUUAUCGCAGGAGACGGACGGGAAGUUGAUCAGAAUCCGCUGAUGUGAUACUGAAUGUCUUUUUUUUAAAAAACAACAAAAAA